UGCCUGGCGACUUAGAAAUCUUUGCAUAACAAGCUCACACACGGUACGGGGAGUGGAAGCUUUGGUCGAAAAUACAAGGAUUCCUUUUGCACAUCAAGAAAUACACAAGAAGCAUGGCCAGUGUGCUAAAGAUUUCCUUGGCACUGUUGCUUCCCUUGGUGGCACACGCCAACAUCGAGUAUGCAACAACUCACGAGAUGGAAGAGUUUGCUAAGUUUACAGAGCCAGUGGAUCUGGCCGGCUUUACCAAUGACAGCUGCUCUGCGUCCGGCACUGAAGAUAACGUCGUUUGUCAGAUGAAUUCGACAAGCUUUGGUAACUGUCAACGUCAGUGUCACCGCAAUGUCCACAGAUGUCAAACAGCCAAGUACUCUGCCAACAGCAACAAAUGUACAGUCUACCUGGACAAUACCACACGAGGCUGCGAUAACUUGGGGGUCACCAAUCUAAGGCAGUACACUCGCAGAUAUGCAGAUGGCAGAUCAAGCGGGGAAAGCUGGGGGGUCACAUACACAAAGCUAUACGACUUUACCGGACUCCGUGUGCGAUUUGCAGGCAACUUGCGGGUUAGUUCGGGCGUUAACAAUCAUGCAGCCCGAUUUUACGUUAAGUUCAACGGGCAAGAAUGCUCAAACCCGGCUACCAUUGAAUACGUUGGCAAAAACGACGGCAACCGCAGGGAUGAACUGAAACAUGAUGAAUUUGAAGGGAUCUGCGAGGGUUUGGCGGCCGGAAGUAUAAACAUUGGAAUAUACACAGGAAACGUACCGGGUUAUAGUGUUAGCGGUGCGCACAUUGGUUGGGACACAGCCAAUAGGAUUUUAGUGGAGGAGGUCGACACAAGACCCGUCCAAGCUCCCUGCGCACUUCUAAGUCUGUACAACGUCAAACAAUACGUGUUCCCGAGUUUCACGCAUGAGCAGGAUAAUGGCGUUAUUCCUGGAUUGGAUGUUUCCUACGAGAAAGUCGCCUCAGACAGCGCACUCCGGGUAAAGUGGUUUGGGGUACUGAGAGGCUAUCAGGGAAAUUAUUGCCGCCGGUGGUUCUUUACUUUCAAUGGAGUGGAGUGCACCUCUCCCUUCCCACUCGAUGGUGCAGUGGGGUUCCUGCACGGUAACGACGCGUCCCCACAGUAUAUGUUUCGAACAAUUGAAGGUAUAUGCGAGGGUUUGGGGAAAGGACCGUACACUAUUCAGUUCAAUGUUGGAGCCUGUCCUACCAGCUCCUUCUCACACCAUAAUGCGUACACUGGGUUUUCUAACACUGUUUCCCGCAUCAUAGUGGAAGAAGUCCGAUUAGGAAGAGGGGAAAAUCAAGUGAUACUGAACGAAGGGUAUAAGCUGACCAACUCUGUGUUUAACGUACAUCAUUGGAACUGGUAUGCCGUGGACAGCACCGACAACAACGCAGAAAUUAAGAGGUUCAACUACAUCAAGAUGAGUAGCAGUACCAUCCUUCGCGUAACCUUUAACGGCGUGAUUCGACCUGCAACGUCUCGCGGGCACUGUGCACGGUGGUUCUUCAAGUUUAACAAUAACUUGUGCUCCAACCCUGCCACAAUUGAAGGAGAGUGGUACGAAAACAGCAGCGAUUAUGCUGAAUUGGACAAAAGGGUCCCGACAUCAGUAAGCGGAAUGUGCAAGGGCCUGAACGCAGGAAGCGUGCUGGUCACAUUCAGCAUUGGUCAAUGUAAUUCUGGCCACGGGCUUCACAGCACCUAUACCGGCUGGAUGACCAGGAUGACCAUCAUAGUGGAGGAAGUUCACGCCGAAGCUUAAGUAGCUUAGGAUUUGCUGAACACUUACUGACCAACAUUUUGAGUCUUUAUAAACACUUAUAUACUUAUGGUAACUUAUAGUAACUGGCUCGCGCUGCCAGUAAUUACGCUGCGGGAUAUUCAGUGCACAGACCGUG